AUGGACAUGGGAAACGGCUCGGAGGCUGGAACGAGCGGUGGUGAGCCGUCAGCGAUUGACUACGACGUCUUCCUGAGUUUCAGGGGGCCGGACACUCGCCAAGCUUUCACGGAUUGUCUUUAUCAUCGAAUGCUAGAAGCAAACAUCCGUGUUUUCCUCGAUGAGGAAGAGCUCCACGUUGGUGAAGAAAUAGCUGAUGAGCUACCGGCGGCCAUCCAAAAGUCGAAGAUCUACAUACCCAUCUUCUCUAAAGGUUAUGCUUCGAGCGCGUGGUGCCUUCGCGAGCUCGCGCACAUGGUGGAGUGCAAGAAAUCCAAACCAUCCGAGAAGGAGAUUAUGCCGAUUUUCUACGACGUUAAGCCUCUCGAUGUUAAGCUUAAGUCUCAACGGUACGUCAGCGCUUUGGAGGAGCAUGAAGAGAAGUACGGUUGCAAGACGAGGCAAAAGUGGGAGGAUGCCCUCAAAAGUGUAGGCCGAAUCAAAGGAUGGAAGUUGAAAAAGCAAGGGUAUGCACGGAUCCUGAAGCACUCCAUUAACUUUUGCUUUGGACUUUCAUUAAUUAUAUGCCCAAACUUGGAUGAAUUCUCGUUUAAGUUGUUUGAAAUUGAAUGA